AUGAUUCUUCCUUAUAAAGGAAUUAAACCAAAUAUUAAUAAAACUGCUUAUAUUGCUCCAAGUAGUUCUAUAAUAGGUAAUGUUAAGAUCGGAAGUAAUUCAAGCAUUUGGUUUAACACUGUUUUAAGAGGAGAUGUUGAAUCAAUAAAGAUAGGGGAUAAUACUAACGUACAAGACGGCAGCGUAAUUCAUACUUCAAGGUUUAAUGGUCCUGUAGAAAUAGGCAAUAACAUAACUAUUGGUCAUUUAUCGCUUAUUCAUGCUUGUAUUAUCUGCAAUAAUGCCUUUAUUGGUAUGAGUAGCACAAUAAUGGACUAUGCAGUAAUAGAAGAAUAUGCUUUUGUUGCUGCAGGAAGCCUUGUACCUCCUAAAAAAAUAAUUAAAUCUAAAGAAUUAUGGAUGGGUCGCCCUGCAAAAUUCGUUAGAUAUUUAACAGAUCAAGAGCUAGAAGAGAUGCAAGAUAAUGUAAGAAAUUACGUAGAACUUACUAAUAUUUAUAGCUCUAAUAAAUAA